GAUGACCAGCAAUUCCCAGACCAGCGUUCAUGACCGUUUUGGGACAAAGUGAUGGACGCGUCCAUUUCGAUGAUGGUCUUCAUUCUUUCCUUUACUUCUCUUCCUCCAUCACCUAUUGGCCGGAUCCUUCAAAAACAUGCCCAGAGGAAUACCAAAUGUGAAGCGCGAUGACACAGGCCUCCGAUACACUUCCUUCAACAUCCCGCUACCACCUAAUCCGAAGCAUUUGGGUACGACAUAUCUGAAAUCGGAUACACAGACAGUUUGGUAUCGAAAUUCGAUUCGAAAGAGCAUAGCGCCGUCAGAGGACACCAACAAAGAUAGGCGUGGUACCGCUGUCCUUGUCAUACAUCCAGGAUCCCGGUUUCUCCGCGUUGGGCGCGCGUCAGAUGUUACACCCGUCGCAGUACCAAAUGUCAUAGCGCGCAAGACGACGCCGACACCAACACCUGUCUUCGUCAAGGGCAUUUCGAGACCACAAAAAGGCAGACAUGGGACACCUAGUGUGGCUAAUUCUCCUUCUGCUGAGGACAACGACUCAUCCGAGGAUCCUUUCGAAGAAAAGCUUUCCGCAAUCAUUGUUUCUCUUCGAGACAGGAUGAGGUUCUACAAAUUGCGCGUCACACCUAAUGCUGCCAACCUUGCAUCUACCUUCAACGCCGCUUUUCAGCCCGAGAUCAUACCAGAACACAACGACCCCUUCCAGGUAGAAUGGGUCGACGAAUCAUGUAGUAAGGAUGUCCUGGUUGGGGAGAAAGCCCUUCUCAUAGCAGAUCCUCAACGUGCAGGAUACUCGGUCAAAUGGCCCAUUUACGGUCCCAAUUUCAACACUCGCGAUUAUUCUUCUCUUCGAGUGCUUAUGGGAGACAUAGAAAUGAUAUUGCGCCAAACAUUGAGAGACAAACUCAAUAUAAAUCAGCGGGACUAUGGGAUAUUCUCUGUCAUUCUCCUUGUUCCGGAUUUCUACGAUAGAUCGUACGUCCGUGAGUGGGUGAACAUGCUGUUGGUUGGCAUGGGAUUCAAGCAACUAUGUGCUCAGCAAGAAUCUUUGGCAGCAACGUAUGGUGCUGGAGUCUCCAAUGCAUGUGUCGUCAACAUCGGUGCCAAAUCAACUUCGUUAGCAUGUGUUGACGAGGGUCUGGUCAUCGCCGAUAGUAGAAUGAACCUGAAUUUAGGCGGUGAUGACAUUACAGAGUUUCUUUAUGUGCUACUGGAAAGGAUUGGUUUCCCCUAUAGGGAUAUCGACCUUUCCCGGGCAUACGACUGGAACAUUAUGGAAGAUCUCAAGUCGAGACUGUGCACUCUGACCGAGAGUGUUGUGGCCCUCAAUCUUUACGACUUUGUCGUUCGAAGACCGGGGAAACCUACUGAAAAGUACGGCUUACGAGCAUACGACGAAAUCAUUCUCGCGCCUAUGUGUCUAUUCGAACCUCGGGUCAUAGACUUUGACCGGAAGCGCGUAGGAUUCCAAUUGAACGGCCAUCUGGAUGUCACGGAAGACGUGCUCGAAAUCCAAGGAGAAAACGUGACAUCAGCAAUGAUGAUCUCUACGCAACAUCUCCUGCCAAGUCCAACAUCCGGAGGGCCUCCUAUCGAUUCGCAAGGCAAUAAUGAUGUGGCGUCGGUUCCUGCCCCUCAAGAUUCGGGAGCGGGAACGCCUAUGGACGUUGACAGCAUCGAAGACACAAAUAAAGGAUCGGGAAACCUGCCGCAGCCGAUGCCCCUCCCCGAUGCUCCGGAGCCGAUACCUCCACCUUCAAGUUCAACGAGUGGUGAUGACAUUGACGUAUGCUUCGAAGCCAGUAAAUUGCCGCUGGAUGUGGCCAUUUUUAAUUCUGCGCGGGCGUCUGGCGGAGAUGAUAAGAUACGAAAGUAUCUUCAGGCCGUUCUCGUUAUCGGCGGGGGCGCUCUUGUUCCAGGUAUGGCUCAUGCAUUGGAAAGCAGGCUUCAGGCCAUUGCAACACCGCUGGUGGUGAACAUGGAGAAGGUCCAGAUUCUCGCACCUCCGAAGGAAGUGGAUCCUCGUGUGCUUGCAUGGAAGGGCGCAGCCGUGCUUGGCAAAAUGGAUGGAUCCUCAGAGCUUUGGGUGACACCUGCAGACUGGGAUAUCUUAGGGAUGCGAGGACUCAAAGAACGUUGUUUCUUUUUGUAAUUAUCUAUUUAAGACUCCGUAUCAUAUUGACACUAUUCAAUGUAGCUUACUGACACAUUAUUUGUUCGUUCAAUCUAGCUGCGAGGAGCAAUGAUGAGUAAAUAAGAUGGGUAAUAAUACAGGAUAAUGGCGAUUGCAAGUGGAUGAGUAUGGCAUGCAAUAAGUAUAAGUGAUU